AUGGCCACCCCCAAUGUCCUAGCUUUUGACGCUGAGGGUAGAGCCAUUGACUUUGCAGUCUGGAUUGAAGACCUGCAGCUGUACUUACUGUGUGAUGCGGUCGAUGAGGUCUCUCUCUUUGAAUUUGUCUCUGGCGCUGUCCCUGCCCCUCCUACUGAUGCUGAUUCCGCCGUUCGCUCCAAGUGGGCGACCCGCGAUGCUGCUGCACGUCUUGCUGUGCUUGCACGCUACUCCUCCCCUUCCUCCGCUACGCUGAGCCGCCUCAUGCUACCAUUUCUCUUCCCUGACCUCGCUGCCUUUCCCACUGUCGCUGACCUCAUUACCCACCUCCGCGCUAGUGACGCUCGCUACCGCGCUGCCCUUCCUGCUGAGUUCCGCGCCGCCAACCCUCCUCCCAUGUACAUCACUCUCUACAUUCUUGUCACCCGUCUCCCUGAGUCCCUGCGUGUCGUUAGGGACCAGUUUCUCUCUGUCUGUCCCACCACCCUCACUGUCGACCUCCUUGAGGAGUCCCUGCUAGCGGCUGAGAAGAGCAUAGUCGCUGUAGGGGCCUCUCGGGGUGACCCUCGCACCCCCAUCUUUGAGGGGUGUUCUCCUUCCCCCCUGCUGCCCUCUGUCGCCUCUGCCGCUGCGGCCGACCUCGCUGGUUUUGAGUCGGUCGGUGCGGCGUCUGCCCCCAGCGGUAGACGCCGCUCUAGCAAGGGCAAGGGGGGCAAGGGAGCGGGUGGAGCUAGAGGAGGCAGUGGCGGAGGAGGUGGGGGUGGCGGGGGGAGUGGGGGUGGCGGUGGAGGUGGUGGCGGGAGUGGAGGUACUGGUGGAGGCGGUGGAGGCGGAGGUGGCGGCGGAGGCGGUAGCGGAGGAGGCGGGGGCGAGGGUACCAGUGGGGGCGGUGGCGGUGGAGACGGGGGCAGUGGUGGAGGCGGGAGUGGCGGUGGUGGCGGGGGUCGGAGUGGCUCGUCCCAGCGGAGCAGCUCUGGGGGUGGUCAGCGCCAGCAGCAGCAGCAGCAGCAGCAGCAGCGCUCUCGCACCGUCCCCGCCCCUCAGCAGCUCCGUGAGUGGUACUAG